AUGGCCCAUUUACAGCUGCCUAGGCCAUCGGGGCAUACGGGAAGUGAGGAUCCAUGGCUUCUACCUCCCGAGAGUGAAAGGGGCGGCACACGGCCCUCUAGCUUUCGCGGAGUUAACCUGGACGACACCAAAACGUUCAACACCUUCGUCAUCUCACACCACAAGGACAACUUGAUCGAGAAAGUGGAGGAAACAACACCCCUGUUAGGCGGGCCCGGCCUAAUAAGCCGGUUCAAGCGGUUGAAGGAAACCCCAUCCACCACGGAAAGCGAUGCCUGGACGCGGCAAGAAGCCGGGGGGUCAAGCGACGGACCCCAUCAGAGCUACCGCAUCAGCUUUGCCGAGCUGCAGCGGAUGCACCUCCGCAAGCUGCAGUGCAAGCUGGUGAAGCACGUCGCGGAUAUGCGGUUCCGCAACAAAGAGCCGGACGACUGGGAGGCGGAUUUGCAAGCAUACACCAAGGCCCUCCAAGACUACGACUACAUGUCCCAACACAGCCUCCGCCUCCGCGACGACUUCCUCGUCACGGGCGAGCGCUUCAUCGACAGCUACAUCCUGCACAGCCUCCUCGACGACGACGCCACCCACGACACCAAACUGCACAACAGGCCACCCAUCCCCGUCCCGGGCCCCUGGGAGAGCGCGAGCGUGCCAAUCGGCGGCACGCGGACCGAGACGCGCGCCAAGUCCGAGCUGGCGCGGCUGCGCGACCGCGUGGUCAUGGCGUUGUUGGGGGGCGUGUUUUUGGUCGGGCCCAUGUGGUUGAUGAUGUUGCGGAGGACGCUGUAUAUGUGUCUGGGGGCGACGACCGUGUGUGUGGUGUUGUUUGGGCUGGUCAUGGCGUGGUUGUUGGAACGGCCGAUGGAGGUGCUGUCGGGGACGGCGGCGUACGCGGCGGUGUUGGUGGUUUUUGUGGGGUUGAAUAAUGCCGAGGGGGCAGGCGCGGCUACGGGGGGGUAG